AUGUAUAAAAUUACCGCGGCAAAGGAACGAAAAACUUUGCAUCAAAAAGAGAUUAACGCUAAAAAACAAGCCGUAAAAGAUCAGAAGGAAGCUGAAGAAUGGUCACUUGGUGCAAAAGAUGCUUCUAAAAAAGAAGCUCAAAGGCUAAAAAAAGAAGCUCAAUUGGCAAAGAAAAACGAAGCAGCUCAAUUAUUGGAGCAGGAAGAGAAGGAAUUAUCAAAAUUCAAACCUUUAUUAAAGCCAACAAAGAAAUCGGGAGAAGAUGUAUCAACCAAAAGGUCUCAGAAAGUUGAACAAGAAUCCACAGAACGAAAGGAAAUUCCUGUAUACUCUGCAUCAAAUAUAGAUGAUGCUUUGGAUUUACUGGCUAUUGCCACAGAAACUUCAAGUUCCUCAGGUGGCGGUAAAACGGGAUUAUCUAAUAGCGUACCAAUAAGUGCUGCCAACAUUGAAAGGCAUCCGGAAAGAAGGUUUAAGGCUGCUUUUCGAGCGUAUGAGGAACGAGAGUUGGCAAAACUUAAAGAAGAAAAUCCUGGAUUGCGAUAUACUCAAUUACAUAAUAUUCUUUUCGAGAAUUUUAAAAAAUCACCAGAGAAUCCUUUCAAUCAAGCCAAUGUUUUGCGACAUAAUGCUACCAAGGAAGAAUCCGAUAAGAUGAUUGAGGCAGCAAGACAGGAUAUAGAAAACCGGUUAAGAGUUUAG